AUGAGGGGUUUGGAGGGUACCGCGGUUAUAGAUCCUGUGAUUUCUAUUACUAAAGACAUGAGUUACGGUAGUUUCGCCUUUCUAAUCAAACACUCUACUAGCACACACAGAUAUGCCACUUUCCUCUUCGACCUCGCUACCUUUAUGGAAGGAGCCAAACAGUUGGGUUGCAUCAUGGAAGUGGAAAAAGAUGACACAACUAUGUUACGCGAGAACGAACAGAAUUCAACCAGUGUAGGAGGCACCUUUAGUCCCAUCAUUUACCCACGUUUCCCUACUGUUCGGGAGUCUCGAGUAGAUGAGAGAGCAUGGAAAGGGCGUUUGCUCAAUGAGAUUAACUUUGAGAAAGAAGGUCAAGGGCUGAAAAUUGGAAAAUUUGACCCAAUCAAGUUUUACAGAGAUGGAGGUUUUUAUUUGUUGGAUAUGCCUGGUCAUGCAAUUGGACAUAUUUCGGCUCUUGCAAGGACUACCAUUGAUCCCCCGACCUUUAUGUUCAUGGAUGGGGAUAUCGCACACCACGGCGUUAUUGUCCAUGAAAUAGCUUAA